UCCUUCACCCUCCUUCACCCUCCGGCACAACGCACGCCGACAGCUCCACCCGCGGCGUCGGCCUUCGCGGUGUGGGGGGUGCGCGCGUUGCUUUGCCCGCUCGCGGUUGCAGCCGUCCAGUGAGACGCAAACUUUGUGGGUUAGGUGGUCACAACAACAACAACAACAGCAGCAGCCGCCACUAAGUGGCGGUGACGUCACCACGACGCUUGUGCCAGGCCAUGUGCACCUUGAGGCCACGUGAAGCGUCGAACGCCCGCGGGCAGGAGGCGGGCACAGUGCAGUAACAGCCGUCAACACGUGCUCUUGCUGCGUGCGCUUAGCCCACGGCUUCCAAGCCACGGAAAACAGGUCCCUGCAGGGUGGGCUGGAAGCUGUCGCCGUGUUCUCAGCAGGGACACGGAGACGCAGCGUUCAGAAAAUAUGGGAAGUCGGUGCUUUGGCUGUGCGUGCAAGUUUACGAUGUUGAGGAAAGAGCACGGGUGCAAGAAUUGUGGACGUUCCUUCUGUGGCUCCUGCCUCUCCCGUACGGCAACGGUGGCCAAGUUUGAUCAAAAGCCGCAAAAAGUUUGCAGCAAGUGCUUCGGCGUUCUUACCAAGCAGGGUGACGGUGGAAAUCCAAGUCGGCCCACCCCUGAGCUCUCACCUCCCGCCAAUUACAAGAAACGAGUGGCGGCACUGCAGGCACGGGAGCAGGGACAGGUCGCCGGUCCAAGCACCAGUCGACCGGCAUCCGACAUGCGGGGGAUGUCUGUAGAGGACAGGGAGAUCGCCGAGAGACUGGAGAAACUUAAGGCGGGAGUGCAGCCGACCUCCGCGGUGCCGUCCCAGCGUGAAAUCGAACGGCGUCUGGCAGCCCUGCGCGACGACAGCUCACGGGAUGUGCCGAGCUUGAGGGAGAUGGAGGAGAGGCUGGCGCAGCUGCAGGGCCGACCGGCACCUCGCUCCGUUGGCCGAGCCGUUCACCAGCCACCGGAUAGCAGGACGCAGACCGAGCAGGCAAACAGCCUACUGACCCAGAUGUCAGAAGAGGUGGCCAUUGAUGGUAGAUUCAACCCAGAAUCAACCUCGUCAGAUGACAAAACAGCUAUGAACGACCUUAACAAGGGCACCAACGACAGCUUCCCGCUGAACAUUGCUGCCGACAAGGAGGGCGACUUGAGCAAAGCCCUGGAGCAGGAGACAAAGGACGUAUUGGCUGCAGCCAAGCGAGAGUUGGAGUUUGAGGCACGUGGCCGAGACGACACAGUGGCUGUGGCUCGCCGCUUGGCUGCACUUAAAGGGGAGGACCCUGAUAAAGUGGUUGUACAGAACUUGGCGGAUUCUGACAGCGAAGAUGAGAACGAAGAGAAGACCGUGUACAGAAUGCUGAAGCAGUUUGGAGAAGAGGCGGCAAUGGACAAGGCGAGUGGUUUCUCUGAACGCAACAGUGCUGCCACCGCGUUGGAGGGUCCAAAGUUCUCACAGCUUCCAAACCCAGCUGCCGGUGCAAACAAGCAGAAAACCUCCCGUGGAGUGACAGCAGCCGUCCUCAGGCCGUCGGGGAACGACAGCGGGAGUGACGACGAGUUGCCCUGGUGCUGCAUCUGUAACGAGGACGCUGUGCUCAGAUGCCAAGGCUGCGAUGGGGACCUAUACUGCAAGCGGUGCUACCGGGAAGGACAUGACAAGCAUGACAGGCCGGAUCAUCCUACUGAGACGUAUAAGGCCACCAAAAAAAAAUAAUGUAACUAAAUCGCAUUUUUUGAAAUUAGAUUUUGUAUUAAGGUGGUUUGCCAAGACACUUUAGAUGUUUAGCGGAAGCCAUAAUCCUGAAAAAUAAGUUGUAUUCCAGCAGUUAUUCAGAACAAUAUUAAAAGUUAGUGUGAAUGAAUAAUGGGGUCAUAUAGUAAAUUAAUUUGUAGUUUAAACAAUUUGUUAUACAAAUGAUAAUGUGCAGUUCAUUGUCAAUACACUGCUGUGGAUGACCUUAGUUGACCAGACCAGCGCAGGGUGGUGAAGGUCAAACCCAGGACUGGUUAGGACAUCACUUGCCAUUGAUGUUAGUCAUGACUACGAAAUUAAUUCAGGUCAACGAAAUUCGUAGCACAGUUGUGCGAACCAUUGUUAUUGACUUGCUCAAACUUUAGAUGUGGCUUAAAAUACUUUAUUGACAUUUUAACAAAGCUCCCCUGUUAAAGUGCUGCAUUAAAUGUUGAAUAGCUUGAAAAUAGGGUUGUGUUGUUUCACUUGUGGAAUGUUGCAUAACACUAAUACUGUUAUGGUGGAAAUAUGAACCGCUUUAUUUAAGACUAUUGGGUUUACUGGUUGCAUAUAAUACUGUACACAGCCCAUUUGAAUGCAUUGAGUGGAGUAUAGAGUUUUAACAGCUGUCCUGUAGAUUUGACACGUGAUGCUGCUGCGCUAUAAUUUUUCGCACACUUGGACAUCCAACCCAGAAGUCGCCGGCUUAAUCUCCCGGUGCGGCAGUUGAAACAAUGGAGCAAGUUUCUUAAAUUCUGCCCCGCCUCUGCACUCAUCGGUAUAAAUAGUUACACCACAGUCUAUCGGAAGGUUGCGUGUGGUGAGUUCUAGUGUGGAAGAGAAGGUUAAAAGAUCCUUGUUCAAGUGUGGAAGAGUAGGCUAAAAGACCCUCUAAAGGGUUCUCUAGGACUCCCCCUGGGGAGAGGCCCUUCUUGCCAGCUGUGGCGUGAGCAAGUAAUUGCAGGGAUGUAAAUGAUAUUUUAUCUUAUGUAACGACAUUACCCAUAAUUGCUGUACCUAUAUCUCCAGAAAAUAAAUUAUUACUUUGUAGUCAGUGAGCUGAGCUGGCUCCACUGAGAAUCCUGGGUUCGGUCCAGGCAGCAGUCGAGCUGUGAUUAAACCAGGUUCUCAAAAGUGUAAUGAUUUGAUGUUCGCAGCCCGUUCAUAAGUGAUUGCAUAAAAAACACAUUCCGUUAAAUUUGGUUCUGCGCUUAAUACGGCAAAAAAUUCCAGCUGUAUGAAUUAUAUAUAUCGGUUUGACUGUUAAGACAAAUCUCACCCUCAUUUCGAGUCGGUGAGAAGUGCUGCCCUCUUUUUGUGUGCGGCCACUUGAAGGGAUCUCUGCUUCCGUUCUCCAACAAGAAGGGUUGUACUGCUCCAUGCAGAUAUCGGAAAGGAUACUUCAGAUCACAUAAAAGAGCGCCCUACAAUAUUCCUGUUUUUUUGUUGCUAAUGACUAAAGAGGCGCCAUGUGGCAUUCUGCCCCAGGCCCUUGUAUCUCCA